UCCUUUCCUUCUCUCUCUCUCUUUCUCUCUCUCUCUCUCUCUCUCUCUCCUUCCUUCCUUCCCUGUGGCCAAAACCCUUGCUUUGGCUCCCUUCCUGGCCUCCUCCUCCUCCUCUUCUGGUCCCAGGUGCGAGCUCUCCAUUGAGAAGUCCACGGUGCUGCAGUCGGAGCUCGAAUCCUGCAAGGAACUUCAGGCCUUGGAGCCAGAGAACAAGUGGUGUCUCCUAACCAUCAUCCUCCUCAUGAGGGCUUUGGAUCCCUUGGUUUACGAGCAGGAGACCCUCCGCUACUUCUCUGCUUUGAAGGCUGCAGAUCCCAUGCGCUCCUCGUACCUCAACGACCUCCGGAGCAAGUUCCUGAUUGAGAACAGCGUCCUCAAGAUGGAGUACGCCGAUUCGAGGGUGGUGGAUCUCGCCCACAAGGGCCUGACCAGCCUCUGCCACCUGGAACACCUGUUGCUGGUCACACACCUGAAUCUCUCUGAUAACCUCCUCUCUGCCUUCCCCUCCACAGUGGCGAUGAUGCGCUGCCUUGAGGUGAUGGAGGCCGACGACAACCAGAUCGAGAGCCUCGAAGGGUUGCCUCCCCUGCCUUCUCUGGAGGAACUCUCUCUCCGUAACAACCGCAUCCAGCGAGCCUCCGCCCUCCGCAGCCUGGCCACCUUCCCCGCCUUGGCUCAGCUCAGCCUGCAAGGAAACCCCCUGUGUCAAAUCCCCGGCAUCCAAUCGGAGUUGGCCACGCUGCUCCCCAACGUCGCCACUAUCCUCACUUGAUUUCCUGGGAGGGGCGGGGGGAGACAGCGCCAGGGACCCUUAAUUUAUUGCCAAUUAAAAACAUCCCAAUCAGCCUUUUUGCUGUAUUUAUUUA